GGGGCCUGCCGGGCGGCCUGCGUCAGCAGCGCCGUCAACACCUGCACCCUGCCCGUGGUGCAGGGGCCCUGCAAGAGCUGGGAGGCCCGCUGGGCCUACAACACACUCCUGAAGCAGUGCCACUCCUGCGGCGGCUGCGAGGGCAACGAGAACAACUUCGAGAGCCGGGGGGCCUGCGAGGACGCCUGCCCCUUCCCCAAGUCCCUGCCGUGCAAGGCCUGCCGGCUCAAGAGCAAGAUGGUGUUGAGCCUGUGCCGCAGCGACUUCGCCAUCGUGGGCCGGCUCAUGGAGAUCGUGGAGGAGCAGGACUCGGGCAUCGCCCGCUUCGCCCUGGAGGACAUCCUCAAGGACGAGAAGAUGGGCCUCAAGUUCUUCAACAUCAAGUACCUGGAGGUCACCCUGAGCGCCAUGGACUGGAGCUGCCCUUGCCCCAACAUGACGGCGGAGGAGGGGCCCCUCAUCAUCAUGGGGGAGGUGCACGACGGCAUGGCCAUGCUGGACCCCAACAGCUACGUCCGGGCCGCCAGCGACAAGCGGGUGAAGAAGAUCUACGAGCUGCUGGAGAAGAAAACCUGCGAGCUUCUCAACAGGUUCCAGGACUGAGGUGCAGGCUGCCCUGGCUGGGGGCAGCCUCAGGGGUUUGGGGUGGGGGUCAGAGUCCUCC